GUCAAUUCAAUGAUCAAUUCAUUGUGGUCGUUUCCAAUUUUCAUUGUAUUUUUUAUUAUUGUAAUAAUAAUUAGACCUUGAAAUCUCAUGUUAAAUAAUUACUUCUUGACCUAGAAACUUGGCUCACCUACAUGCUGAUCCUUAAUACGUUGUCCAUUCUCAUUAACGUAGCAUUCAUUGUGUUUUUAUCAUUGCUGUCUAUGAACAUAAUACGCCAAUUCAGUAGUAGUGCUCGUAAAAUGGCUUUGAUAGCACCAGCGAUGUUCGUGAACCACGGCGGAGGCCCUAUGCCUCUUCUAGGCGACAAGGACCAUGCUGGUUUGACAAAAUUCCUACGUGAUGAUGUGAAAAAACAUAUAAACUUUAAGGAAAUAAAAGCAAUAAUUUUAGUGACUGCUCAUUGGGAGGAGAGUGUCGUGACGAUAUCGUCAGGUAAACACCACGAUUUAUACUUCGAUUAUUACGGAUUCCCGCCAGAAUCAUACAAGUAUAAAUACGACACACCCGGUGACCCAGAACUGGCAGCACGCAUUCACGAAGUUUUAAAAAAAGAAGGCAUUCCCUCCAAAUUGGAUCCGAAAAGAGGUUGGGACCACGGAGUUUUUGUUCCAAUGAUGUUGAUUAAUCCCGCCGCCGAUAUACCUAUAGUGCAGGUAUCUGUGCUGUCUAAUCAAGAUCCUAUGGAACAUUACAGAUUGGGGAAGGCUUUGUAUCAGUUUAGGAAAGAAGGCGUAGCUAUAUUAGGCUCAGGGAUGUCUUACCAUAACAUGAGGGAGUUUAUGUAUGGUAGAAGUCGUGGGGAAGUUGUUAAUGAGGAGUUUGACAAUCAUUUAUAUAACAUUUGCACAUCAGAGGAUGAAUCAAAGAGGAGAGAAGGUUUCUUAUCGUGGAGACAGCAGCCAGGGGCGACGGAAGCUCACCCAGUAAGAGCAGCUGAGCAUUUUAUGCCAUUAGUGGUGGUUGCUGGAGCAGGAGGCUCACGGGCGGGGAAAAGGGUUUUUAACUGGGAUAUGAGUGGGACUUUCAGAUUGAGUGGGUUUAUUUGGAAAGAUGAGUGAUGUGUGUGUACCUUGAAAGGUGGUUAUACUUAAAUAUGGCAACAUCAGAAUUGUGUCAUUUAAAAAAAAAAUUAUAAUUUUAAAUAUUUAUGAUUAAUUGUUUAAAAAGUGCUUCUAAUAGUAAAUUAAAUUUUAAUCAUUUAAUAAGAUUAUUAUUGUAUUAUUAUUGAAAGAUAUGUUUGAAAAUUUCUAAAGUAAAAUAUGAAUUAGGUGCAAAAUAUUUUAUUGGCAAAUUUACUUAUUUUCCUCUUUAUUGCACCACUUAAAGAAUAAUACAAAGAUAUUACACUUAUGAAGUACAUAUAUAUAAUUUAUUAUUUAUUCUUUAUUGCACAAUAAAAUUUUGUACGAAUGGCGAGCUUAAUGCCAUAUGGCAUUCUCUACCAGCUAACCAUUAGGUAAAAACAGAAAGUGUACGAAGGGCAGAUUUGGUGAAAAAUAUGUGACAAUUAUAGUAACACAUUAAGGCAAUAUACAAUAUAAAUAUAAUAUACACAUAAGAAAUGCACAUAUAAUACAUAAAUAUUACACUUAAGGUGUUCUUAUCGCUAAAGUAAUCUCUCAGACAGCAUUUGUGUACAGUAGACAAGCAAAAGACAGUAAUUAAUAAAAAAAGAAAAACACUCAUGAUAAAACAUAUGUAAAUAAUCAUAUCCACACUCUACAUCUAUAAUUUAUGCACAUUUUGUUAAUGAUUACAGUUUUAGUUUGCUAUCUGAGCACUAUUUAAAUAAUAAUCAGAUUGGAAAUAAUGGUAAAUUGGAAUAAACCCAAUUGGCAUAGCUCUUUCUUAAAUUUUUAAUAUAUCUUUUGGACUUCCUAGCAGAGAAAUUAAAAAUAUUAAUAUUUUUCAUCUAUAUAUAUGUAUAUAUAUAUAAUACUUGUAUUCUAUUUACCUUGUAUAUCUUUUUCCCUGUACCUUUCCUGCACUAUAUUACUUGCUAAUUAUUUUCUCUCUCAUUGGGUUGGCUGGAAGAGAUCUCUUUUGGAGAUAAGCCCACCCUUGCUAACAUGUUGUUAAACUAAUUAACUAAUUGCUGUAUUUUAUAUAUAUAUAUAUAUAUAUAUAUAUAUAUGUUCAAUUAUUUUUGGAUACUGAUAGAUAAUUGCAACUUUGCCAUACUUUGGUAGGUUUUAGUAUGAACAAACCUUUUAUGUUACCGUAUGAACAAAGUGUGUUUGUUUUAGUACACUGUGGUAUAUUCUUUCAUUUUGGCAAAGUAAAUAGUCAUAUGAAUGAAAUGAGGCCUAUUAAAUCGAAGGCAGCAGAAUGCCAUAAAAUCGAUUUCAUUUUCUAUAGGCGACAGUUACCACUUUCCAUCAGGUGGGCCGUCAGCUUGUUUGCCAUCCUAAGUUGUAUAAAAAAAAAUCACCCUGUACUCUCAAAUAUAGAGGAGUUUUACUAAUUAAAAUUCAAAUUAUUACUAAUAUUCAAAUUUUCUUUAAUCUACUUUAAAAUAUAAAGUAUUGUUUCAUAUCCGUGACAAAAUAUUAAUUUUUGUAGUUUCCUUUUGGACAGAUUUGGAUUUAGCUGUCUUUGAUUUUAUAGGUCUCAAAUGAGAUUUACGUCCUGUUGGUUUUAUAAUAUUUUUCUAAAAGUGAAGUUUGUACAUAAAGUUAUGAUUUAUUUAAUCAAUUUUAUAAUUUAUUACUGCAAUUAUUAUUUGGAACAUAGCCGUCCUUAUGAUAUAUUCAUUUAAUAAUAAUAAUAAUAUAAUCAGACUACACAAAGCCCAUUUUGUUAAUUAUAAAUUGACUUAACCUAUGUUAGUGAUAAUGACCGGUCAUAACGCUCUUACAUUGAUAACCUGUCCCACCCAAUAUUUUAGGAUGGGACAAUCCAUUUUAUCAACAUAAAAUUGUAUAAAAAGCUAAUGAAUCAUCCCAGCUUUGCAUAGGUAGAUGAUAGAAAAAUAUCAUUAUAUUUUAUAUCAGCUAAUAGCUAAACUUUUUUUAUAUUCAAAAUUAUAUUUAACCUAUGUUACUGGAAAUGUAAUUUUCUAUUUUUAAAAUCGGUUGAGUAAUUUUCAAGUUUUUUUUUUUAUUACAAAUACAAUAAAUCAAAUAAUUAGUAUAGAUUAAAAACAAUAUUGCCAUCAAUGUAAAAGUAAUAAAAUGUAUUUUCUCAUAGUUUCUGCUCUGCAGUCUUUCAUGCCGCAGCAGACUUCAUCAAUUAAUACACAACUCACCCGCACAUAUAUAAUACAUAUAUAUAUAUAUAUGUAUAUAUAUAUAUAUAUAUAUAUAUGUAUUUAUUUAAGUAUGUAUUAGUAACUUAAAAUAUAUAUUUAUAUAUUCACAUUAUUGUACGUAUACAUAUUUCUAUAUGUAUCUAAAAAUGAACAGUUUCGUGCCUUCAGGCAAACUGUUUAUGAUUACUCUUCGCCAUCCAAAGGUUGCUUGGAAGAGAUCGCUAUUAGAUAAGGCCUCCCGUUUUCUCAGUGUAAUUUUUUUGUAAUUGUUUGUAUCUAUGAUAAGUUUACUAUUGUAAUCUUAUAGUAUUGUAUAUUAUGGAGGAAACAAUAAAUAGUAUCUAUCUAUUAAUUUCUCUAUUAUCUGUAAUGCAAUAAACUACACUACACUGUAGUACACUUUUAUCGUCAUCAUACUAAUGUUCACAUUGCUUUUUUUUUUGUUUUUUUUUUUUUUGUAUAGAUUAGAUUCUAAUUGCCAAAAUAACUAAAAUCUGUCACAAGGCACUAACGAGACAUUGGGACCAGGUAUAUUAAUGUUAGAUAAAUAAAAAAAAAUCAAAAUGUUAAACUAUUUUAUAAGCAUUAAAAGUUGAUUAAUUUAUACAUUGAUGAAUAAAUUAUAUUGUUAUAAA